GCGUGGGCGCGCCGCCUUAGCGCUACUGAAGCCCUACAGUUCAGUCCGCCGGGAGGCAAGACGCGCACGCCCGUCGCCGACCGCUGUUCACCGCUGCCGCUCGCGCUCGUCGCUCCGCUAGCUUGCGCCCCCGCGGCGCCCUGCACCCCACCGCACCUCCCAACCCCUGACAGCUAGGCGGAGGGCGACUCGCCGGCAGCGACUCGCAGUCGCUUGCCACAUUGCCUCGCGGAAAACUGCAUACAGAUAACACUCUAUUCAUUCACGCGAAUGGCAACGCACGUGCACUGAUGCACGUGACCGCGAUCGUUACGCUGAACUUUUGAAAAACGCUCUUGUUAUUUCGGUUUUUCGUCAUAGACAUUGGACAGUUAAACGAUUUGAUUCAAAGUGUGACUUUACUAACAUGUUUUGUGGCACAAAAUUCAUGUUUGACGAAUAAAUUGGGCGGUGCCACGUCUACGUCAUGCUACAGGAGUUGCUGUCCUAUUCGGACGAACUUUGAGCCAUGGCGUGGCUAGUCAAACCUCGGUGCACUUCGCUGAACGGCUGUUUCCAGGGUAUAGGAGAACUUCAACAUGCCACCUAAGCCGCGGACAGGCGUGCUAGGGGCGCUGCAGAGGCUCGUGCGACCGGUUCUGUGACUAACGAGGAUCCUCGCCCAAGGCACGGGUGGCGGAUUAGGCGUGGGGCGCGGCGCGUGGCGGCGGCGCGGGCGCGUCGGGCGGCAUGAUGACGCGGCGUCCGCCACCAUGACGCUGCCGCCGCCCGCGCGCCCCGCGCACCCCGCCCACCCCUCUGCGGAUCGCGCCAUGCGCUAUUACCGCAUCUGGAUAUAUGCAUGCAACGGCGCGCUGCUCCUGGGUUCGUUGGCCUUCUGUGCGGCUGCUGGGCGCGCUCUCGCAGACUACCGCCGCGCUCUUGUCCCUGGUCUUCACGCCGCACAACCAGGUUUCCUGUAUGGCUACGCGGCGUUACCUGUGCAAACAGGUCUGCUGCAGAUGCUUGGAUGUGUCGCGGCGCUUCGUCUCUCCGAGCGAUUGCUUAACGCAUACUGGUUUGCUCUUCUGGCGCUGCUUGUCGGUGACGCCGCCAUCGGUGUAUACUGGGCUUUCCGAUUUGAGCGAGUCUGUCGAGAACUGCGUCCCCAACUAAAGUUACGUCUGCUUAGAGAUUACGAAACAGAUGCGGAAUUUACGGAAGCCUGGGAUCGCCUUCAAAGAGAACAGCGCUGCUGCGGGGUGACUGGACCGGCCGACUUCGCGCACCUGAACCGCACGUCUCUGCCCGCGAGCUGUUGCCGCAUGCCGGCGCACACGCCUGCCACGACGCCGGCACUGUUUGCCGCCACGUCCAGCACGUCGCUCGCCACCUUCACGCCCGCCCACUGCGUCCCACACACUGCGGCGUGCGCGGACCGAUUACAGAAUUGGACUCGACGAACUGCGGACGCGUUAUUUGUGCUAGGUUACUGUGUGAUCGCGUUUUUGAAGUUAUGUUUUCUCGGAAUUUUACGAUAUGAGAUAAAAGAGAUGAUCCAAAAAAUUAGACUUAUUCGAAGCGAGCUCGGAGCCGGUGAACUUCUAGAUGGUAGCCCGAUCCAUGGCGGGCCAUUGUCACAGACGGUGAUAGUAAACGCUGUGAAUGCGAAUGGCGGCGUGCGGGCGCAUGGUGGUAGUCCCGAGCGAGCAGGUGAACGCGACGCGCUGCUCGGACGCCUGUCUGACACGUGCUCGCGGCGCGGGACGCACGACGAUCCUUUGGCGUCGAAAACUAUAAACGGGAACAACAAUUGUGAGAUGCGUGAGUUGGCACGAGGAGAGUACAGACCGUUGGCGGCAGACAGUGCGGCAACUCGGAUCUGACUAAGAUGUUACCUGGAGCGGCUGUUCGGGCGGCGCUGGCGCUCGUUUCCGGCGAGCGGAUGCGAGGCGGAGCUGCUGGCGGCGCACGCGGCGGCGGGCUCGCGCGCGCGCCGCACCGGCGCCCGCGUUCGUCUCGACACGCGCCGCCACACCCGCUCCGAGUUCGAGCUGUGACUGCUAUAAUGCGCUUGCCGACGCGCCCGAAUCCACUUCUAAUCGCUCUGUUGUUCUUUUUAUGUCGAGUGCCGAAAAUUUCAGUAACUUUUGCAAGUUUAUAGUGGUAGAUAAAAUCCAGACUAAAUGAUGACACUCCGCCAGUAAAGUGUUUUCGGAAGAAGGGCGUUGUGAACAAACGAAAAGGACAAAUGUGGAAUGACAGUAGUAUAUCGUAUAUAUAUAUAUAUAUAUAU